AUGAUCUUGAGGAACUAUGUGGUUGAUUUUAUUUUUACUAAUUUUUACAGCAACAAGACAAAGAAAAUUGUACAUUUCCUUGUAUCGUGCUUUGCAUUCAGAAUAUUUGGAAUUUUGCUGAUCUUUCUGGACGUGUGUCUUGUGGUUAUAGAUGUACUCGCCAAUCAUCAAAAAAUUUACAUUCCUUUGGAAUAUCGUUUCGUUUCUUUAGGCAUUGCUUUAUUUUUUCUUGUUGAUGUUCUUCUUCGAGUGUAUUUAGAAGGGAGACAACAUUAUUUUUCUGAUUUACUGAACACCCUAGAUGCAGUCGUUAUUGGGGUGACUCUGUUUAUUGCUACCAUUUACAUAUUUUAUGACACCAAGUUUCUUGGAGAUAGUCCAAGACUGGCAAUUUUUCUUCGACCUCUACGUCUUCUCACUUUGGUGAGAAUUCUUCAACUGGCUCAUCAGAAAAGACACCUUGGAAUGCUGACUAGAAGGCUGGUUUCAGGAAACAAAAGGCGGUACAAGAAGGAUGGAUUUGACCUUGACCUCACUUAUGUUACUGAGCGUAUUAUUGCCAUGUCAUUUCCAUCUUCUGGAAAGCAGUCUUUCUAUAGAAAUCCAAUUAAGGAAGUUGUGCGGUUCCUUGAUACCAAGCAUUCAAACCACUAUCAAGUCUACAAUCUAUGCAGUGAAAGAGCUUAUAAUCCUAAGCACUUCCACCACAGGGUCCGUAGAAUCAUGAUUGAUGAUCAUAAUGUCCCCACUCUUGAGGAGAUGCUGUUGUUCUCCAAGGAAGUAAAUGAGUGGUUGGCUCAAGAUCCUGAAAAUGUUGUAGUGAUUCACUGCAAGGGGGGAAAAGGAAGAACUGGAACUAUGGUCUGUGCCUGCCUUAUUGCUAGUGAAAUCGUUUUAAGUGCAAAGCAAAGUCUUUACUUUUUGGGGGAACGGCGAACAGAUAAAACUAGCAGCUCUAAAUUUCAAGGAAUAGAAACUCCUUCUCAGAAUAGAUAUGUUGGAUAUUUUGAAAAACUGAAAAUUUGCUACCAAUGGACUCUCCCUCCAAGAAAAGUCCUUAUGAUAGAAAGAUUCCUUAUUUAUUCUAUUCAUGGUGUUGGAAAAGGCAAUGGAAGUGAUCUGCAAGUACAAGUAAUAACAUGGCAGGAGACUAUCUUUUCCUGUUUUUCUUCCAAAAACUGUGUGAUACUUCAUGACAUUGAAACAGAUAGAGCUAUAAUUAAUGUACUCAACUGUCCAGCUCUAUAUGACGAUGUGAAAGUGAAAUUUCUCUGUCCAUCCACAGGAUGGCUUUAUCUAUCAAGAAAUGAAUUGGAUAAUCCCCAUAAAUCAAAAACAUGGAAAAUUUAUGGUCCAAAGUUUGGAGUAGAGGUAUAUUUUGGUGAGAAAUAG